UGUUGCGUGGGCCAGUCGCUGGUUAAAGAUGGCGUCGGUAGGCGACAUUAAUAUGGCGUCCUCGGACAUGAUAGCCGAGGUGGAGAUCCAGCCGGAUAUCCAGGAGGUGGAGAUAGAGUCGAUCCCUGUGGAGAUACCGUGUGACGACGAAGAAGAGGAAGACGACGACGUCGUCUCGGCUGAAGAACAAAUGAUCACUCUGCAAGCGAUGCCCGAGACAGGGCGCGAAGAGGAGAUCAUUUUGCAAACUCAAGAAGAAAUUGUCGGCGGUGAUCCGCUUGGAGUGUACGACCAAAUACCCGUGCCCGAUCAGGAUGACAUUUACGUUGAAUCAAGUCCAGGGCCAUCUUCUCGAACGACCUCAUCGGGUAAGAAGAAGGCUAGAAAGAGUGCCGCUGGCAGUCAAAGAUUCAGGCCUGCACCACCCGAGCACGCAAUCUUCACCGAGAUUCCUGGCGAGGCGAAGGCUAGGAAGUGGGAGCAGAAGCAGGUACAAAUCAAGACUCUCGAGGGAGAAUUUUCCGUAACUAUGUGGGCUUCUGGCACGGAUGAUGGAAGUGUCCUAUUAGCGUCUCAUCUGGUGGAUGUUCCAGAUGAGGGCUCCAAUCCAGAGCCUGAUCCGGAUUAUACAGAAUACAUGAGUGGUAAAUCCACGACAAAGUUGAACCAUUCGGGUAGCUCAGUCUCCGAUGGUAUGCCAGGUUUAGAUCUUUCCGACCCCAAACAGCUAGCAGAAUUUGCUAGGCCUGGUCAUAAACUGAAAGUCCGAAAACAACCAAUUAUAGAUGGUGUCGAGCGUACAAUUGCAUGUCCACACAAAGGAUGUACAAAGAUGUUUCGUGACAAUAGUGCAAUGCGCAAACAUCUGCAUACUCAUGGUCCACGAGUACAUGUAUGUGCGGAAUGUGGAAAAGCCUUCGUAGAAAGUUCCAAGCUGAAAAGGCAUCAACUAGUACAUACUGGAGAAAAGCCAUUCCAGUGUACAUUUGAAGGAUGUGGCAAGAGAUUUAGUUUGGAUUUUAAUUUGAGGACUCAUGUAAGGAUCCACACUGGUGACAGGCCAUACGUUUGUCCAUUUGAUGGUUGCAGUAAGAAGUUUGCUCAAUCAACGAAUCUGAAAUCACACAUACUUACACAUGCAAAAGCCAAAACGCGUAAUACUAUUGGCCGACAAGUACAACAGAUUCAACUGCAGCAGCCACAAUUUGUUCAAGUGGAGGUAGCCGAUGUGGACAAUCAGCAGUUCAUCGUCUACGCUGAUUAGCCCCCUUCACCGGCUUAAUCUCCUUAAUGUGCCCCAUUAAUAAAUUUGGUAACUUUUGAUUAUCAGCUCAAACAAUGUAAAUAUUUGAAGAAGAAAAAAAGAAAUACGGUAACAAGUGACUGAUUGAAGGACAGGUGGUUUGCUGAAGAUGACUUAUUUUAAAUGAUUCGUUCAUUUGAUUGUAUUAAUCUACGCUUAAUAACGUAGUAAAGAAAUACAAACGGAGACCAGAGUUAUAAAAAUUAUGUAAGGAACACGGAAAAAAAACAAAAAAAAUAAACAAUAUGAAAAAAGAAAUUUAUGAAGAAUUGUACAUGGGAAGCUCAGAUUUUAAAAGUUCAGUGAUGAUUUGUUUCUUUUUCCAGAUGGUCAACAUUAAAUUUUUAAAACUGAACCUUUCGUUAUUAUUCGUCACUGAAGAUUUAACCAAUUUCAACGGCGGGCGCUAUAAUGCGUUUCGUAUUUCAAUUUUUCUCGUAUCGAAUGUUAAGGUGUGUCCUAAUGCGUGGCUCGUUAUUCACGACUGUAUAUAUUAAUAAGUGAAGUAAAGUAUUGUAUACGGUAUAUUUUCGAGAGAAACUCAAUGAAGAACUUUCAGCUCAGAAACUUUUCAUCUGUAUACACACAUACACAAAACAUGUACACACAAUUUUCAAAAUGUAACUACGCAAAGACACUGUGUUUAAUAGUAAGAUCGUAUCACAAACUUUACGACUUUUUUCACUAUCUCGCUUAGAUAGAAAGUUGCGAAGUUUGCUGUCGCGCGGCAGAAAGUGAAGAGACGUUUAUUACUACUUAAGUGUGUAUCAAUUCUUCAAUGGAAAAACUGAUAAUGUGCGAGGACCUCGACUGUAUAUUGUUUUGUAAUUUUUACAAUUUAAUUUUUACGAGUUAAGAGAUUCGUCAAAAUUGUAAAUUGAGGAAUUAUGCUAUGAACUCACGAAUUGUGUACCUCUAAAUUUUCUGUGUUUAUUAUAACAAUUUUUUAUUAGUUUAUUAUAAAAAAACAACAAAAAAAGAACAUGCUAAUGUUUGAAUAUCACCAAAAAAUUGCUUGAAGCCAUAUUUUCCUAACUACUAAUUAAGAAUUUUUUUGUGUUUAAGAUAGGUUCUAAUCUAAUUCAAUCUGGAGAGUGCGUUAGAUUUAACGAUACAAAUAUAUAUUUCUUUAGAAAAAAUCAAGAUAAAAAAAUCCCGUAAGGUAUAUCUGUCUACCGACCAAUGAUUUAGAUAAACAAGCUUUCAUACACAGAGCAAUAUACCAUAAUACGUCCGUAAAAAUUUUAAAAGCUCUCGAGCAGCAUUAUGAAAGUUUGAAAGGCAAAAUACCGUAGAAACAACCGCUGUGAAACACAGACGAAUUAUGGAUUUCAUUUUUCAGUUUUUGACUGUGCGCAAUUAAUGAAUAUUCAGGCAAACGAUGCCUGGAACGUCAUCGAUUUUUCAACAAUUUAAAAAGACACGACUACGCCCGUUUUAAGAGCAGUAAAUGUCUUGCUAAUAAAUGAUGAUGGUUUUUGUUGAUGCGUCGAAGGAAACGGAUAAAAGAAAAGAAAUUAAACUGGCAGACUUGGCCUAUUGUUAUAGAAGUGAGAAAUAUUUUUAAGGAACUACGUAAAAAACAAAUAAGAGGGAUGCUUUUUGUAUACUAUCACGGUCGAUUUUACUAUUAUUUUCUUUUUAUCAUUUACAUUUCUUGUAGAAUGUAUAACGUGUAAGUCUUAGGUUCUUGUAUAUCAUUGCAUUGCAUUUAUUACAUUUUUUAUCAUAACAAAUCGGCUUUAUGAAAAUUAGCAAGUCGAUCAAAAUGUUUUCUCUAGGCAUUCUGAAGGCCUAGUGUUUUGUGCUCAUGUAGUCAUAUCUGUAAGGAAAACAAGACAUUUUUUGCCGGCAAAAAUUCACAAAACAGCAGUCAUUUUGAAGAAAAAAAUAGAGUACGGUUUAUUACUCGGCGACGUAUUUAUUAUUUAAUACUAUAUACCACUGUCGAUGCUGAAUGGUAACGUUAAGUUAGUCAAUUUAUAUGAAAAAACUGAUGAAUG